CUUUCAACAGUUCACACCCCUUCCAAUUAUAAUCAAAGCAAUGUUCAAGAUCAUCGCAUUGCUGGCCUGUCUGGCCGUCGUCGUCUCAGCCCAGUACCACCCGUCGGGAGAUCACAAGGAGGAAGCACAUGCCCAUCCCAAGUACAAGUUCGAAUAUGGAGUUCACGAUUCACAUACCGGCGAUCAUAAGGCACAGUGGGAGAUUCGCGAUGGAGAUGUCGUCAAGGGCCAGUACUCGCUGAUCGAAGCCGACGGCAGCGAGCGCAUCGUGGACUACAAGGCCGAUGAUCACAACGGAUUCGAAGCCGUCGUGAAGAAUGUCCACCACGGCCAUGGACCGCACUGAUGA